CCGCGAAACUGUUCCCUUGAACUAGCCAUUAAGGCUCAAAUCAUUCUUGGUGCUGCAUGCUGAGAAGAAAACAGAAACAGCAGCUGGAAAUGCACACGUGUGUCCAGGUUCUAUGUAAUACAUUUUAGACAAAUUACUAGUGGGUAUUAGUGACUACAUGGGUCAUGUACAAUACUGGCACAUUGUUAAAGACAGACACUCUUGUGCACUCUCUCUCAACUUUUCUGUAUUUCUACAGAAAUGUUGCACCAAAAUGGAGCCUGUUUAACGGGCGACUGAUUAUAUUGAGAAGAGAGUGAUGAGCAACUUCACGAAAGGUUACUACGUGUAGAAGGAACACUAAUUAAAUUUCGAUUUUGUGGUACUUUUGUCUACAACUUACCUGCUGAAGACCUUUGAGGAUUCUGUAUGGCAUACUGAAAUAACGCAUUGAAAGGGACGGAAAAAGGAUAUUUUCAACCAAAAAUCAUGAGACAAAUAAUUAUUGGAAUUGGGGGAGUCACAAAUGGUGGAAAAACAACAUUGGCAAACAAAGUUUAUGAACAUAUUCCCAACACUUUCAUCAUAUCGCAGGAUAAAUAUUUCAAGGAUGAAUCUCUGGUAGCAGUGGACAGCAGUGGUUUCAAACAGUAUGAUGUUAUUGAUGCCCUUGACAUGGAUAGUAUGAUGCUUGACAUUGAAUCCUGGAGAAAGGACCCAAGGUCAUUUUUAAAAAUUCAUGAAUUAAAAAAUCCUCCAAACUUUAAAGAUUCAACUGAAGUGCGAGAUGAUGUGUACAUACUCAUAAUAGAGGGCUUUCUACUCUUUAACUACAAUACUAGAGUAUAUGUACCCCCUGAUCCCCCUGGAUACUUUGAUGGACACGUCUGGCCCAUGUAUGUGAAAAACAGAAAGGAAAUGGAAGCAACUGUUUCUGCACUGAUUUAUUUGGAUGGGACCAAGAUGAGAGAUGAAUUGUUUUCCAUUGUACAUGAAGAAAUAAUGAUAGAAAUACAAAAGCUAGCAGGGAAAACCCUUGAAAAUGAUUGAAUAUUCAUAUAAUAGUGAAGACAUCAGUAUGCCGUAUGUGGAAACAUAGUGCCAAGAUGUGGGCUGUGAAGAUUUGGGAUUUCUGAAUGAAGUUUUCAGACUUUGAUUUUAGUUGCCAUAAUUUACCUCUGUGCCUUAUUAGUAGUGUUUUGUAUUAAACUAACGGUUUAAGCUAAAGUAAUUCAUAUAACUUACAAUACGUGUUCUUCUGAAUCCAUGGGAAGAUGCCUAAACAUUGCAAUACAAACAGGGGAGAGGUUAGGAGACUGGAAAGGAACUUUUAUAUGUAUUGUUGAGAUUGCACAAAGCAGGUAUUCUAUGUAAAAUAAUUAAACAUCUGUGCAUAAACAGUUUACUACCAGAACUAAAUAGUGCUAAGAAUGAAGCAAUGAUUGUUUAGCAACAGUGUUAUGGAUGGAGGAAUGGAUAAUUAAUUAGCAAAAUACGUAGACUAUUUUAAUAUGUUUACAGUAAUCAGUACCUAAUACAAAAUUACAAAAUAAGGGCAGAGACACUCGAAAAGAGUUUUUGUUUGUCUUUAGUACAGUGCUCUGUUCCUUAACCAUAGAUACGGUUGAGCCGUUGUCAGUCACUGUCUUUUGUAAUAUGUGAGACAGACCCAGAGAGCAGAGAUGUACAGUAGGUCCUGCGUAGGCCUUACCAUGUAAGAUAAGCUAGAUUUGAUGUCAGCCGAAACGUUUCGGCCCUGUAGCCUUCUUCAGGUCCACAUAGUGUUUAUGCUAUAUAUAGCAUGAAUACUAUGUGGAUUUUUUAAAGUAGUAAUUUAGCAUUUUUUCUCUAAACUCAUACAUGGAUAAAAUAAAAUUUAAACAUUAAAAGCAUUUAAGUUCCCCCUCUAUGAUAAUACAGCAGUAGUAAUACUCUGUCAAAGAUAAUGCAUUUCUUUGUGCUAUCAUGAAACAUAAAAAGGCUGUAGAAGAUGUUCUUCUUUAGGACAAUGCAUUGGUAUCCAGUGUGAUGUUUUGUUUUUCACAUUCAGAUGCUCUACAAACUAUGUGAGAUUUUCUAAUCAGCAUUUUUAAGUUUUUGAAGAACUAGUAAGACAUAAAUAUCCCAAAUGAAUCAAUAAUUCCAAGUUGUUUAAUGUUAUUAGCUAAAUCUACAAGCUUGUGAAAUAAAAAUAACACUAGAAAUAUCUUACAUAAAAUGACAAGAAUCGAGUGUAUUUUUGGAUGUAAAUUCAAACCAACAAAAAUGGAUUUUAAAAAUACUUCGGAGCAGUGUUCCUGUGAAGUCUUAAGAACUACCAAAACGCACCAGGAGUAUCUCUUUAAAAUUUGUUUUGGAAAUUGAGUUGUUAUUGAUGUGACUUACAGUAUAUGAUGUUGCUGUUGAGAUAUUUACUAUUAAAUUGUGUUGUUUUUUGUUUUUGUUUUGGAAAAUAAAGAAAUGUUCAAUAAUGUACAAACCUGA